CAACGAGAGGGCGUUGGGCCGCAGGAGGUGUCUUAUAAGAAGGAGAAGGGAGCUGCGCUCUGAUGAAUGUACGUGCAGUAGCCACUUCUCUCAUCACAAGUUGCCAACAUGAAGGUCUCGAGUGUUUCGGCGGCUUUGCUGCCUCUCGUUUCGGCGCAGCUGUACACCAAGGAGGAGUACAGGAGUGGAGCUGUCAUGUCACAGAUGAUGGCCGCCAAAGAGGCUUCCUGGGCUUACCACCGAGAACGAGGCGAAUACGAUAGCACAAAGUUCAGCGGAUAUGACCAGAAGAAGGCGGCAACGCGGAUUCAGUGCAUCAACGGCAAAGCGGAGGCUGUCGUAGGUGAUGCAAGCCAAACAUACUCUUGCGCCAACAUCGACAUGUACGACUUCAAAUCGCAUGCUGAGCUCGGCAGCAAUGGUGGCGAGGGCUCUGGCUCCUGGGGAGUGGUCCUCGAAGGACGAGAAUUCAUCGCCAUUGGCCAGACGGACGGAGCUGCGUUUGCGGAAGUGACAGCGGAAGGCGCGCUGGUGUACCUGGGACGACUCCCGCAACAAUCCACCCCCGUGAUCUGGAGAGAGAUCAAAGCAAAUGGUCCAUACAUGCUCAUCGGGUCUGAAGCCAACAACCAUGGCGUGCAAAUUUUCGAUAUGCGCAAACUCCUGGAUGUUGAUCCCAGUUCGCCGAGAACAUUCAGCACGAGUUCUGACAUUACUCUGUUCACUGACUCGGUUGGGAUGCCGCUCGGUCGAUCUCACAAUGUUGUUGUCAACGAGGAGAAGAACUACGCCGUUGCUGUCGGUGCGGUACCACGUGACAGUACUUGCGCUUCGGGACUGGUGUUCAUCAAUAUGGAUGAUCCUGCCGAGCCAUACUCGCCAGGAUGCAGCCCCCAGGAUGGCUACAUCCACGACGCACAAUGCAUUGUCUACCGUGGGCCCGAUGAGAGGUACAAUGGCCGAGACAUCUGCUAUGGCUACAACGAAGACACCUUGACCAUUUACGAUGUGACCAACAAGAACGGUACGAACGCUGGCUCCGUCAUCUCCCGCACGCCGUACACCGGAGCGACAUACACGCACCAGGGAUGGGUCAUCGACCCCAUGUGGCAGACCCAUUUGGUGCUCGACGAUGAACUCGACGAGGGAGAGGUCGACCCCACGCGCGUCAACCCCGACAGUCCCGCUUUGGAUGGUCUGCCAGUGACCUACAUCUUCGACAUCACCGACCUCGAGAAUCCCGUCAACACCGGAUACUACAAGUCGGGAGUAAGAUCCGUCGACCACAACCAGUUUAUCUACGACGGUCUCGCCUACCAAUCCAACUACCAAGCCGGCCUCCGCAUCCUCGACGUCAGCACCAUCCCCUCGGACCCCACAGGAGACAGCGUCCGCGAAAUCGCCCACUUUGACACUUAUCCCGACGACGACAGCGAGCCCGGCGGUGGAGUGGCUGAUUGGUCGUUUGGAACUUGGUCGCAUUAUACUUUCCCCAGUGGAUACAUUGUCAUUAACACGAUUGAUCGGGGUCCGUUUGUGGUCAAGAUGAAUUCUUUCAGCAGGAGAGGCUUUGGGAGUCAGUAUGUCAGACGGACUGUGUAGAUGAAUGGAUGGAUAGAGAGAUACAGAGAGAGAGAGAGAGAGAGAGAGAUUGAUAGAUGGAGGGGAGUUCUUCCUUCUUCUUCUUCUGAAGACUCAGACUCAGACUCAGACUCAGAAUUAGAUUCAGACUACUAGAGAGAAUGAGAAGGAAAAAGAGGAAUGAUAAAUUAUCAUUUAUGAAGAUUAUGAUUUGGCGAAAUUCUGGGGAAAAUAGAGUGUUAGAGAG